AUGAUUCCGCCGGUUAUUUACGGCGUCAGCACCCGCGAGAAGCGGCUUUCUAUCCAGCUGCCGACUAUGGUGCGGUACUCAAUCAAACAUGGAUAUCCCGGUGUGAUCGGUGAUGGCCUCGCCGUGUGGAAUCAAGUCCAUGUCAAGGAUCUCGCCCGCGGGUACCUAACUCUCCUACACUGGCUGGAACACGCCUCGUGUGAGCAUGUCGCCGAGAACCCUUAUUUCUUCUGCGAGAACGGUCAGGAGCUUUCCUGGGGGCAGUGUGCUGCGGAGAUUGGCCGUGUCCUGCACAAGGCAGGGAAGGUGGCUGAUCCGACUCCCAAGACCAUCCCUCCUGAGCACUACAACGAUCUGUUUGGCGAGUACUCGGGUCUUGUGAUUGGGUCCAACGCGCGCAAUCGUGCCAAUCGACUCCGAAAACUAGGUUGGGAGCCCCAAGAGAAAAGCACAUUUGCCUCCUUGACAGAGGACGAGAUUCCAAUGAUCCUGCAGGAGACAGGGGAAUUCAGAGGAUAUGCUGCUCCAGUUGCGUCGGGGAAGUUUGAGGGCAAGAAAUGA